AGCUUGUUUUGUAAAUGUUGUGACUUGUGGCAUGCAGAAAUAUUUCAUUUUUACUUAGUAAUUAAUUAUAAGUCGAUAUAUAUGUUUCAAUGUUAACAAUAAAACCGUGACCAAAACUAAUAUAAAUAUGUUGAACAUUCAAAAUUAUGGUAGUAGUUCAGAAGACGAAGAAAAUGACUCAGAAACUAUACAACAACAUAGUAACGAAAAGUUAUUGACUCACUUGAAGCCUGUUGAUCCAAAUUUAUCUAUAGCUAAGAAAAUGCAAGUAUGUGCUGCACCAGUAGUAAUGCCUACGAACAAUGAUGACACAAGAGUACUUUUACCGAAAAAUCAAGAACUAAUGCACAAUCCUAGGUAUGAAGAGUUAUUUGCUCCUGAAUAUGGUCCGGAGAAUCCUUUUCGAACACAACAGAUGAAAGCUGAGAGAAAUAUGUUGUCAGGUUAUGUGGAGAAAGCACAUAUAAGUGAAUUCCAAUUUGAGAACCAGCGGAGGACGUUCACGAGUUACGGUUAUGCUGUAGAUCCCUCCACAGAACCUAUUCCUGAUAGUGGUAAAGGAGAUGGAAUUGUUGUUUCAGAAACAGUGGCUCCACCAGUUGAAGCGGAGGGUAAAUCAGUGUUUGAAGUAAUAAAGAAAAGGCCAUUAGAUAAAAAGAAAAGGCACAAAAAUGAUAAUCCCGAGGAUGUCGAAGGAUUCUUAGGGCCCUGGGGAGGUUAUGUAGGCGAGCAAAGAGUUAUGAAGCCUGAAGGUGAAAUUGCUAAAGAGUUGGAAGAAAUUGUAGCAAAGAGACAAAAGAAAGGCAAAGUUGAUGAUGACAAACCUUUGGAGGAGAAAUCUAUAUUCCAUAUUGACAAAGCCACAGACUACCAAGGCAGAUCGUGGCUCGAAGCACCGCGCAGUGAGACGCAGUUACGAAGUGACACUCCACCAGCUAAAUGUUUCCUACCCAAGUCUCACAUAUUCACGUGGAAGGGUCACACUAAAGGCGUGGCUGCGGUUCGCUGGUUCCCCAAAACCGCUCACCUCAUGCUUUCUGCCGGCAUGGACUGUAGAGUUAAGAUAUGGGAAGUGUAUGGUGACCGUCGUUGUGUGCGCACGUACUUCGGCCAUAGACAAGCCGUGCGUGAUGUUAACUUUAACAAUGAGGGUUCACACUUUUUGUCUGCGGCAUACGACCGCUACAUAAAGCUAUGGGACACAGAGACGGGCGAGUGCGUGAGUCGGUUCACGUCACGCAAAGUGCCCUAUUGUGCUAAAUUCCACCCCGAUACUGACAAACAGCAUCUAUUUGUUGCUGGCACUUCUGAUAAAAAGAUUAUUUGUUGGGACACAAGAACGGGUGAAGUUGUACAAGAAUACGACCGACAUCUCGGCGCUGUGAACACAAUCACCUUCGUUGAUGAAAACCGACGUUUCGUCACCACUUCUGAUGAUAAGAGCUUGCGCGUUUGGGAGUGGGACAUACCAGUAGACAUGAAGUACAUAGCGGACCCAUCUAUGCACUCUUUGCCCGCGGUCACAGUAUCUCCCAACGGCAAGUGGCUCGCUUGUCAGUCCAUGGACAACAAGGUUGUGGUGUUCAGUGCGCUCAAUCGGUUCAAGAUGAACAGGAAGAAGACGUUUGUGGGCCAUAUGGUGGCUGGAUACGCUUGUUCAGUGGAUUAUUCGCCGGAUAUGAGUUAUCUCGUGUCUGGGGAUGCUGACGGAAAGUGCUACAUAUGGGACUGGAAGACGACUAAACUUUACAAAAAGUGGAAAGCUCACGAUGGAGUCUGCAUAACGUCGCUCUGGCAUCCGCACGAGCCCAGCAGGUUGCUCACCGCGGGCUGGGACGGCGUCAUAAAGUAUUGGGAUUAAAUGAUACUACAUUAUACGA